AAGGGUUAGGUAACGGACUUCGCGGAAAACCCCUAGACCGUCGCAGACAUGACUGCACAUGGCGGCACGGAACAUUGGCAUCUUCUUGCCUUUCCUCCUGCCUUAGCCAGCAUGCCUUCCAUCUCAUGUCAAUCCAUGGUCCUGUUCCCACGUUUUCCCGCCACGAGCCACGAGGACUCGGGUGGCCCUGUUCGGACAAAGCUGGCACGCGCUCUUCCAGAUCCAGAGACCAGUUCCAACUCGCGCGUCUAUACAUCAUCCACAGCCGCCGCCCAGUGGGGAGGGGGGUUCCAAAAUCUGGGAAUGACCUGCCCCUUUUAACCCUGUUCUUCUGCUACGUUCAGCAUCAUAUACGUGAAUUUGCGAGACCUGCUUUUGGGAGCCAAGUGGACUCCAACCCUCCCGGCACCGACGGAGAUCACACUUGUGACCGCCCCUCGCCUGAUCCUGGCCUCCUGCGGGUCGUGGCCUGGUAUUUCUCAUCCAAUCCGACAGCGACCGGGACCGAGCCAAGUGGCGAUAGCUCGGUCGCCAUAUUGGUGUUCCAACCUCGCACCGCGUCACGUGAGCUGUACUGCAGACCUCGAGCAGCACUACUGCCCAUCAAGGCACGGCGAUAUACACCAACCCUUUGGGCUAGGCCGAUUGCCCGAGGGGGGGAGGGGGGUUCGGGAUGCGACGCCGCGGACUCGCGCCUCGUCUCGUCACGCCACGGGGAGACACCUUGGAUCAAACGAACGAUGCCCUGACAAGCGGUCGUCCGCUCGAGAGCGAUGGUAAGGGAGACUUAUAAUGCUCGUCCUUCUGACAAAUUGUACCAAAGAUCGCGCUCAUGUCGCUUCUCGGCAGAUUGAUGGGAGGGAUCACAUCGGAGGGAAAUGGGUCGUUCAAGAUCCUUGAUUCAAGACUACCGAUACGGAGUAGGCAAUAUUCGUC